AUGGAGCCAUGGCCCUGCUCCCCGGGAACUGGUGGCGGCGCGGCCCGCACCCGGCACGUCAUCAUCAACGUGGGCGGCUGCAGGGUGCGCCUGGCCUGGGCGGCGCUGGCGCGCUGUCCCCUUGCGCGCCUCGAGCGCCUGCGGGCCUGCCGGGGCCACGACGAGCUGCUGCGCGUGUGCGACGACUACGACGUGAGCCGCGACGAGUUCUUCUUCGACCGCAGCCCGUGCGCCUUCCGCGCCAUCGUGGCGCUACUGCGCGCCGGGAAGCUGCGGCUGCUCCGGGGCCCGUGCGCGCUGGCCUUCCGCGACGAGCUGGCCUACUGGGGCAUCGACGAGGCGCGCCUGGAGCGCUGCUGCCUGCGCCGCCUGCGCCGCCGCGAGGAGGAGGCGGCCGAGGCGCGCGCGGGCCCGGCGGGGCGCGGGGCUCCGGGCAGCCCGGCCUGCGCCCUGGGGCCCGGCGGGCGGCUGCAGCGAGGCCGGCGGCGCCUGCGCGACGUGGUGGACAACCCGCACUCGGGGCCAGCGGGCAAGCUCUUCGCCUGCGUCUCCGUGGCCUUCGUGGCCGCCACGGCCGUCGGCCUCUGCCUGAGCACCAUGCCGGAUGUCCGCGCCGAGGAGGAGCGGGGCGAGUGCUCCCCCAAGUGCCGCAACCUAUUCGUGCUGGAGACGGUGUGCGUGGCAUGGUUCUCCUUCGAGUUCCUGCUGCGCUCCCUGCAGGCCGAGAGCAAGUGCGCCUUCCUGCGGACGCCACUCAACAUCAUCGACAUCCUGGCCAUCCUGCCCUUCUACGUGUCGCUGCUUGUGGGGCUGGCGGCGGGCGCGGGGGGCGCGGGCGCGGCGGGCGCGGGCGGCGGGAAGCUGCUGGAGCGCGCGGGGCUGGUGCUGCGGCUGCUGCGCGCGCUGCGCGUGCUGUACGUGAUGCGCCUGGCGCGCCACUCGCUGGGGCUGCGCUCGCUGGGGCUGACGGCGCGGCGGUGCGCGCGGGAGCUGGGGCUGCUGCUGCUGUUCCUGUGCGUGGCCAUGGCGCUCUUCGCGCCGCUGGUGCACCUGGCCGAGCGCGAGCUGGGCGCGCGCCGCGACUUCUCCAGCGUGCCCGCCAGCUACUGGUGGGCUGUCAUCUCCAUGACCACCGUGGGCUAUGGCGACAUGGUGCCGCGCAGCGUGCCCGGGCAGGUGGUGGCGCUGAGCAGCAUCCUCAGCGGCAUCCUGCUCAUGGCCUUCCCGGUCACUUCCAUCUUCCACACCUUCUCGCGCUCCUACUCGGAGCUCAAGGAGCAGCAGCGGCGCGCCGCCAGCCCCGAGCCGGCCCUGCGCGAGGACAGCACGCGCUCGGCCACCGCCACCGACGACAGCUCACAGGACCCCGCCAGCGCCGGCCUGGCCGGGAGCGCCCGCCUCGCGCUCUCCGACCAGCGCAGCCCCAGAGCACGGCCCUCGCCUCCCGCAGUGGAGCCGAGAGGCCUCUGUCCUCCCCUCCUGCCCGUUACUUUCCUUGGGACUUCCAUUUUCUACGGCUGUCUGAAAAGGAAGCCCGAGAAAUCCCAAGGCUGUAGCAACGCCAGAAGGCCGCAUUUGGCCCAGGCUCACCCCGACCCUGCCCUGCUCUUCAGCCCCAGGCACGAGUGGGGAGGGGAGCCGUGUCACCACGACGGGCAACGCCCCCCUGGGAGGGAGGCCUUCCGGAGGCACCCGACUCUGCCAGGCAACAAGGACAGAGGGGCCCCUUCUCCUUCCCUACUGGGCCCACAUACAUCCCAGGCCAACACCAACAGGAUGGGAUCUGUAAGGGACACAGGUCUGGAGAAAGAGCACGGGAAAUGCAAGGGCCAGGUGCUUCUGGGGUCUGCUGAGACUAACAGGGCAACUCCAGGACUGGACGUGCUCAGCUGUCAGUGCUGCCAGGUGCCAGGAAGCAGAAGUAGCCGGCCCAUGCGCUUGUCCAGCCCGCGCAGCUCCCGUCUGCUCCAGUGUCGAGAGACUCAGCUCUGA